AUGUCCACCAUUCUGAAUCCCAAGGAAAUAGAUCUUCACUCAGCCUCUAUCAGAUCCAACAGCACUCUAAGCACACUCAUCGAGCCAUCCUGUUUCUACCCAUCCCGCAUUUUGACCAUUAAUGCGCAAGGCAUUCGAGCGUUUCGUCUCCCACUACCAUCCCGCCAAACCGAGAUCUUUGUCUACAACCCAGACGGCACCGAGGCCUACGUUUCCACGCGGGACAAGCUUUCCUCAGGAAAUGCCAUCCUGUCUCACCCAAAGCGCGGAAGUCUUAUCCGAACCGAAUACUUUUUCGGACCGAGCCGUGAUCCCGUUGUGCACCUGCUUCAACCUCCGAGUGACAUUCCCAAGAAGGUGAUGGUCGUAGGGAAAUGGACUUCCCGAACAAUGUGCUUUGAUAUGCCUAGAGGUAACCGGUUUGAAUGGAAAUAUGCCAAGGAAAAAAGAGCCGAUGGGCAGAAAGUGAAUUUGAUGGUCUUCCGCGCAGUAGAGGGAGAGAAGGGUGGGAAUAAAGAGACCCAGGCCCACAGGAUUGCACAACUGGUUCGCGACGAGAAUUCUCGGACGCCCAGCACGUCCCGGUCAUCUGCCGGAAAUGGUGGUGAAUUGCAGAUUGAUGAAGCUGCGUUACAGUCUCUCGAAUUGGACGAGGUCGUUAUUGUUGCGACUUGCUUGAUGAUGUUGAAGAAGGAGAUUGACCGACGUAGGAUGAUUCAAUUGGCGAUGAUUGCGGGAGUGGGUAUUUAA